AUGGUAAUUGAUUCUGUAGGAAGCGUAGGGGGAUUGUUGUGCAUUUGGAAGUCGUCAGUGUUCCAGCUUUCUCAGUGCUACAGGAUAAGGCACUGUGUUAUACUCUUUGGGAUACUUUUGCCUAAUUUUAAAUGUGUACUGGUCAAUAUGCAUGCACCAAAUGAGGUAAAUGAAAGGCAUAAAUUUUGGAGUGUAUUACAUAGAUUGAAACCGGUGUUUAGUGAUCCCUGGUGUUUAGCUGGUUAUUUCAAUGAAAUUAGGAAUAUUGGUGAGAGAAAAGGCUGUUCUAGAAGAGACAAAGGGAUAAAGGAGUUUAAUCAAUUCAUUGAAAAUUUAGAGGUUGUUGACUUACCUAUGAUGGGUAGGCAAUUCACUUGGUGCAAUGCUAGUGAAGGGGAAAGAUGGAGUAGGAUUGAUAGAGUAUUGUUGUCAACUGAGUGGCUGGAAAGGGUUAACUUAAAAUUAUGGGGUCUGAAGAGAAGUGUGUCUGAUCAUUGUCCACUGUUAUUGUUAGAGGAUGAGAGGGAUUGGGGUCGAAGGCCAUUUCGCUUCUUAAAUGCUUGGAUCCUCCAUCCCAAAUUCGGGAGUCUUGUGAAGAAAUCUUGGGAGGAGUCUGCAUUUUCUGGAUGGUUAGCAAAGGAGGAGCUUCAUGCCAUUGAUUUAGUGGCUGAGUCGAGAAGUCUUGAGGAGAAUGAGAUUCGAAGAAGAAGAGAAGUGAGAAAAGAAUUAUGGACCCUAUCUCGGCGAGAAGAAUGGAUGUGGAAGCAGAAGUCUAGGCUGAAUUGUAACCUCCAAGGAGACAAAAACACAAGAUUUUUUCAUAUUGUUGCUACAAGUAGACAUAACAAAAAUUUGCUGAACUUAAUUGAAAUAGAUAGGGUGACGCAUAAAGACCCAUGUAGGGUUAAGCAGGAGCAUGAUGAAGUUUCGGAUGGGUUAGUGGCCCCAUUCUCUGAGAAGGAUAUAUGGAGGGCUGUGAAGGAAAGUGACAGCAACAAGGCUCCAGGACCAGAUGGGUUCAACAAGGCUUGCUUUUAG